CAGUGAAAAAGAAAGAGAUGGGGGCCGUGACGACGGCAGUGAUAGCGAUAGCCGGAGUGGUUCUGGGUUGGAUCACCAUCGAGAUCGCAUGCAAACCCUGUCUCGACAAAGGCCGUGAAGCCAUCGAUCGCAAUCUCAAUCCCGAUUACGAUCCCGACGACGACCUUCCUUCCUCCGCCAUUCGCGCCCAUCUCAACCCCAACACCUCCGAUCCCGAUCCCGUUCCCGUUCCUCCCCCCGCCGCCUCCGCCGUUAAAUCCGUCUGAGCUGUAAUGAUUCUCUCCAUACAUUUUUUUUUUGGUUCCCCGGCCUGACUCUUCAUACAUAAUCCACAUGGUUGUUACUUUCUUUUUAAAGCAAUGAUAAUCUUCUGUAUUCUGUGUGUGAUGUACUGAAUUUUGGAUGCGAAUUUGAACAAAUUAUCAUUAAUUUUUGAAUGAGUGAGUGAGAAUUUAUUUUU